AUGACGCUGCUGCAGUCUGCCAGCAGCCAGCGUCUGGGACGCCUGUUGAAAGCCCUGGUGCUUAACUUUGUCACCAGGCUGGAGAGUUUGAGUCUGAACUCCCCUCGGGAGCAGAGUCUGAAGUCUGGAGAUUGGAUGCUGAUGAAGGGCAUAAAAAGGAAGUGCUGGUCCAGUCCACGGUGGGAAGGUCCCUAUCAGGUGCUGCUGACGAAGGCCACAGCAGUGAAGAUUGCUGAGAGACACUCUUGGAUACAUCAAGCGCACUGCAAGAAGCGGCAGCUUAUCAACAGUUGUCCCUCACUUUCAGUAGCUGAAAUUCAGGAGCAGUGGCCAUUCUUGUUUACUCGGAAAGGUCUUUCGAACCACUUUUACAAACUCACACGCAUCGAUAUCAGUGAGCGCUUAGGUCAGGCCCUCAUAACCAAAGGCAGAUGGAUUAUUAACUAUUUCUCCAGCCACAAGCUCAAAUGGAACCUUGGUAUAAGGACACUCAUCCAGCAGAUAGAAAGUGAGGAAGUUUUGACCAACAACAAGGUUGGCACAGCAGCCAUACUUCUGAUGAUGAAGUAUUACAAGGAAGACGAAGACUCACUCUUUGUCUUAGCAGAUGAAACAUCUACCAGGAUGUCCCUUGAAGCAGAGAGCAACCUGCCAAUCACCCCGAGGCUGAUUAUGCUUGGACAAAGUUUAAUGACCGCCACCAGCUGGAUGGUGAGUGCAGAGGGGCGUGUAAUUGUUGAGCUGGACAAAGAGAACACCUUUCCUAAUGCGAUGUCAGUCUUCUUUGGUUCAUUCUAUGUAUUGAACCUGGAAUACCAGGAGUCAGCGUGUGCAACAUUGGAACUGAUUCAGAGAUGAUCCAUGGCCCAUGCUUUCUGCACAUUUACACAAGACGAACAACAAUGAAGACAAGCUCUCUCACCAUCUUGCAAGAAGCUUUCUCUGUCCAAUAGGUUUUUUGAGUGCAACAGUUUUGAUUUUUUUUUCCUUCUUUUACCUGUUUGUUAAAAAUUAUUUCAGCUACUUACACUUUAAUUGUCACAUGUAUUGGCUCACCCUACAAAUCAAUGAACUCAGUCCACAAAGCAAGGUCAGGGUUCAGCGCAGGUCAGUCAAGUUCCGUCACACUACACACGCUCAUCCAUGUCCUUGUGGACCCUGCUUUGUGCAUUGAUUUGGUGGUGUGAGCCAGUAUUUUGGACAAAGUGUAUAUAAAGGACGAAGUGUAGGGCUUGAUAUUCUAUUCAUUACAAUUCAGUUUAUUUGUAUGGUGCCAGCAAAAUAAAUGCCAAGGCACUUCACAUUGUAGGUUUAAGACCCUACAAAAUAUAACUAAGAAAACCCAACACUUGAGCAUAUGUUGUCUGCCAUGAUAUGGAUAUGACAUAAUAUCGUUAUUGUUUGUACAACCAUCUGAGAAAAUACAUGGAUUACAUGGUUUAGUAAAAAGAAGUGCUUCCUCAAUGAAAAUAUGUUUUCAGUUCUUUUCGGUUCUUGAUUUUGGAAAUGUGUAUUUCAGCAGGGAAAAAUCAGAACAGAAAUAAAAAGUGGUG